AUGUCUUCCCCAGCACCGAAAUACAAACCCCUUCCGGCCCCCCGGCGCAUAGUCACAACCCACAACGCCGAAGGCCAAGCAGUCCUCGUCGCCGAUCUCGUCCCCGAACUCCCCAAAUUCUCCCUCCCGGGAAACGACCUCUUCCUAGCCUACACCUCCCCCUCCCUCCCCGUUCCGCUCCCCCAAGACGCCGAUCUGAACGCCUACAAGACCGACCUGACCCUGAAGCCGCCCCACGAGAUCAGCAUCGCCAUCCCGGGCGGGCUCGCCGUUCGCAUCAGCGACUUUUUGCCUGGCGGGCCGGACGCGCCGAUGCAUCGGACCGAGACCCUGGAUACGGGCGUGCUGGUCGAGGGCGAGCUGGAGCUGGUGCUGGAUAGCGGGGAGACGGCUAUCCUCAAGAGGGGCGACGUGUAUGUGCAGAGGGGCACGAUCCACGGGUGGAGGAAUGUGAGCGAGACGGAGGUGGCGAGGUUGUUUGUUGUGCUUACUGCGGCGGAGAUGCCUGUUUUUGGGGGCGAGAAGUAUGGGCAGGUGUUGCCUCUUCCCCCUACUGAAUCGGGGGCCGAAUAA